AUGGGACGUUGUUACACCACAAAUUCUCCUCCUCCUGAUCCUAGUAGCAACAUUGAGCGCAGAGUUUAUUGUCAGUUACCUCAGCAGCAGCAAGGGGAAAUCAACGUGAAUAUUCCACCGCAUUGCAACGAUUGGGAGAUGGAGAUUGAAAGAAGAGAACAUCUUAUCACCACCACCGCCACCCCAUCGUCGUCUAGCCUAAUCCAUCCUUCUUAUCCCUUUAAUUAUCAUAUGUAUUCCCAAGAUACGAUUUCUAAUCGUUGCGACCCAAACUCUAACAUGAACGGCAUGUUGUACCACGUACCGUUCGACGGUGCAACUACGGUUUCCGGAUUCAAGUCGUGGCUGCGCCAAACCCCUUCUCCGGCUGAUACUAACGAAUUUUCAGUUCAAGAAAGCAACCAGAAUAAUUUUGAAGCCCUUUCUCUGGGCAUCAACCCAGGCGCGGCUGAUCAGCCCGGAACUUCGUCUCUAGUGUUGCAGGUGGCUGAUACAAACAAAAAGCGCGACAACUCCAUGGCUAAUAAAUCUAGUGCCAAAGAUUCUGCAGCACCACGUAAAUCUAUUGAUACUUUUGGGCAGAGAACCUCUCAGUAUCGCGGAGUUACGAGGCAUCGAUGGACGGGAAGGUAUGAGGCUCAUUUAUGGGAUAAUAGCUGCAGAAAGGAAGGCCGAACAAGGAAAGGAAGGCAAGUUUAUCUAGGUGGUUACGACAAGGAAGAGAAAGCAGCGAGGGCUUAUGAUUUGGCUGCUUUAAAGUAUUGGGGUCCUACUACUCACAUCAAUUUCCCCUUGUGUUCGUAUGAACAAGAGCUGGAAGAUAUGAAGGCCAUGUCUAGACAAGAAUUUGUUGCGCACCUAAGAAGGAAGAGCAGUGGGUUCUCAAGGGGGGCAUCCAUGUACAGAGGAGUGACGAGGCAUCAUCAACAUGGAAGGUGGCAAGCUCGAAUUGGAAGAGUUGCAGGCAAUAAGGACUUGUACCUUGGUACUUUCAGUACACAAGAGGAAGCUGCAGAAGCCUAUGAUAUUGCGGCAAUUAAAUUCAGGGGUACGAGUGCUGUGACCAAUUUCGACAUAAGCAGAUAUGACGUCAGAAGAAUAUGCUCUAGCUCAACCCUCAUCGCUGGGGACCUAGCCAAAGCCAAGCGAUCCCCCAGGAACUCUCGUCCAUCUUCAGUAGUCGAUGGCAACAAUUCUUGUGCAUCCUCAGCUUCGCCUCAACCCCUUGUUGCCAUCACAAACCGGGAGGCAUCUCAGCAUGGCUGGAACGUAAUGGUAUGGAGUUCCAGCACAGAUCAUGAUCAGCGUCUGCAGGAUCAUGAAACCAACAGCAAUGAUAUGCUACAAUUUUCAGCCUCAGGCAGCAGGUGCUCCUCCACCCCACAAAGCCCAAAGGAUCCUGUAGGUUCAACCGGCUCACCGGGGAAAAAUGGAGGCGAAUUUGGAGUUGAAGGAGAUUAUUCUCAGCUAUACUUUUCGUUGGAGGGGCCAAACUCAAAGCCCAAAUACGGAGAUGGUAACAAUAAUGGAAGUGAGGAUCGUGAUACGAGCAGUAACCGAUUGGCUAAUACGGGUUCGGUUCAUCCGGUCCCCAUGUUUACAUUGUGGAAUAGUAGCAUAUGAGUGAGCGGCUUUGGAGGAUUCAAAUUUUUAGUUAGCCGGGGAUAGAUAGAGUUAAAGUCGAACGCUGGAGAAAACUUGAAUAGACUGGGGGUUUCAUUGGCCUUCCGUCGAGAAAGAAACUCAGCGAAGAUGCAGAGACGGGAUUAUCGAUUAAAUUAGCUUACAUCAAAUGGAAAUGACUUUGGGUGAAA